CACACACCAGUUAACUCACAGCCGACUCCAGCUGAAGGUUUUGAUGGUGAAUGUUUGCUUGAUGGGGUCCAAGCAGGCGACAGAGUGAUGGUCUAAGGACUCGCAGACGCUGAGGUGCUUGCGCGUGGAAUGUUGCGCUGGUCAGUGCACCUUGAAGGAGGGCCGCGGAGAGUCAACCAUGCUGCUGUGGCGGUGGGGCACAAGGUGUACUCUUUUGGAGGCUACUGCUCCGGGGAGGACUAUGAGACACUCCGUCAGAUUGAUGUGCACGUCUUCAACACAGUGUCUCUGCGAUGGAUGAAGUUGCCUCCGGUGAGGAUUGGAGGACAUGAACGUGCCCGUGAAGUGCCAUAUAUGCGUUAUGGCCACACAGCUGUGCUGCUGGAUGAUAUUAUCUACCUCUGGGGUGGGCGUAAUGACACAGAGGGGGCCUGCAAUGUGCUUUAUGCCUUUGAUGUCAACACCCAUAGAUGGUUCACACCCAAGAUUUCGGGGACAGUACCAGGGGCGAGGGAUGGCCAUUCGGCUUGCGUCCUAGGGAAGGCAAUGUAUAUAUUUGGAGGAUACGAGCAGCUGGCUGACUGCUUCUCCAAUGACAUCCACAAGCUGGACACCAUCACCAUGGUGUGGUCAUUAAUUAAUGCCAGAGGCACUCCUGCACGCUGGAGGGACUUCCAUUCAGCAACCAUCAUCGGGACAAAGAUGUUUGUAUUUGGGGGCCGAGCAGACCGCUUUGGUCCCUUCCACUCUACCAACGAGAUCUACUGCAACAAGAUCAAAGUGUUUGACACAGAGACCAACUGCUGGCUUAGCACCCCUUCAACACAGCCAUCGCCAGAGGGACGUAGGAGUCACUCAGCCUUUUCCUACAAUGGAGAGCUGUACAUAUUUGGAGGAUACAAUGCCCAUAUGGACCGGCACUUCAACGAUCUCUGGAAAUUCAAUCCAGAAGCCUUUUCCUGGAUGAAAGUAGAACCGAAGGGGAAAGGCCCAUGUCCACGGAGACGGCAAUGCUGUUGCAUGGUUGGAGAUCGAAUCAUCCUCUUCGGAGGAACCAGCCCCUGUCCAGAGCAAGGAAUGGGUGAUGAAUUUAACCUCAUGGAUCAUUCAGACCUGUAUAUCUUAGAUUUCAGCCCUAAUUUGAAGACGUUAUGCAAAAUAGCUGUUAUUCAGUACAGUCUGGAGCAGUCAGGACUCCCACAUGAUAUCAGGUGGGAACUGGCAGCUAUGACCACCAACAGCAACAUCAGCAGGCCCAUCUUCUCCUCCCAUGGCUGACGCCACUGAAUGUGAAGCAGAACCAGAACUCUGGACGGGUUUCAGGAUGCCAGGCUUUUAUCUUUCUAAUCAACUGAGCUCUGACGGAUUGUUUUUUUGUAGAGUUUGGAUUCGUUCUCCACAUUCUCCAAGUGAAAACUCUCAAUACUGACCAAAAUAUCCCAUAUAUGACUUCCUUGGACUCCAUGGGCUUUCUCAUGUCUAAGGAUAUUUUAACCCUUGAAACACUGAUCACGUGAGAAAGAAAAUGUUGACAUCGGCUCACCUUUUUUCUCUUCUUUCUAGCUUCUCUAGAAAUUCAAUCAGCCUAUGAUAAUCAUAGACUCCUAAGCUUAAGCACAGGAAGAGACAAGAACUUCAGCCUCUUGAGAGCUUUGUUGGGGAUGUCAUCCUGGUGUCACACUAAACAGAUCUCCCCUGAGAGAAAAAAUGUGAACCCAGAGAUGGAGCCUGGGAUGGUUAUGAGUAUGUAUAUCUUGCAGUUCUAACUUGGUCAUAAAACCAUGUAAAACCACCAUGUCCAUUUGCGUCUAAUGAAGUUAUGUAUACAGUGUUUUGAGGUUAGUAGGGUAACUUAUUUUCUUGACAUUGAAUGCAAGGAGACUGAAUAUUUGGUACCAAGUUAUUUGGGGUGUAAUGUCUGUUUGACUGCUUAGCUUUUUCCCUACUUCAUUAUCACCACCUGGCUAGCACCCGACUGCUCUUAAGUGACUAAAAGGUGAUUUUGCAAGGCUGUUGAGGCAAGCUGUCUGCCUUGUAAUAUGAUGUCCAUCUACCUCCCUCGAUAGCAUGUAUCAUAGAGUCUUUGAUAAGACCUCCCAUACAUUCAUCGUCUCCUAUACCCCAGAAAAAAAAGCCUUUUUACAGGGAAGUUUGUAUUUUUGGCUGUCUGUUGUAUUCUUCCAAGAAAUGUCGUACUAUCACUGGA